AAAUGGUCAAACUGCUUAUAGCGAAACAAGUGGAUUUGGAAAUUCGAAAUAACAUCCAAGAUACUCCAAUAAUUUGGGCAGUGUGGCUCGGUUUCCAAAAAGUUACUCGUUUACUUAUAGAGGGUGGAGCAAACAGAAACGUAGGCAACAGAGGGAAUGACACCCCUCUGCAUGUGGCGGUUGAUAAAAAUGACAUCGAAAUGGUUAAGCUACUCCUUGAGAUGAAGGUAGAUAUUGAGGCUAUGAAUAACAUCAAGGAUGUUCCACUUAUUCUUGCAACAUGGCGUGGACACUUGGAUAUAGUUGCUCUUUUGAUAGAAGCGGGCGCCAACAGGAACGUCAAAAACAGAGAUGGGAACACACCGCUUCAUUUGGCUGUCAACAAAAACAAUUCAGAAAUGGUCAAACUGCUUAUAGCGAAGGAAGUGGAUAUGGAAAUUAAAAAUAACAUCCAAGAUACUCCAAUAAUUUGGGCAGUGUGGCUCGGUUUCCAAGAAGUUACUCGCUUACUUAUAGAGGGUGGAGCAAACAGAAACGUAGGUAACAGAGGGAAUGACACCCCUCUGCAUGUGGCAGUUGGUAAAAAUGAUAUCCAAAUGGUUAAACUGCUCCUUGAGAAGAAGGUAGACAUUGAGGCUAUGAAUAACAUCAAGGAAUGUUCCACCUUAUUCUUGCAAACAUGGCAAAAUGGUCAAACUGCUUAUAGCGAAGUGGAUAUGGAAAUUAAAAAUAACAUCCAAGAUACUCCAAUAAUUUGGGCAGUGUGGCUCGGUUUCCAAGAAGUUACUCGCUUACUUAUAGAGGGUGGAGCAAACAGAAACGUAGGCAACAGAGGGAAUGACACCCCUCUGCAUGUGGCAGUUGGUAAAAAUGAUAACCAAAUGGUUAAACUGCUCCUUGAGAAGAAGGUAGACAUUGAGGCUAUGAAUAACAUCAAGGAUGUUCCACUUAUUCUUGCAACAUGGCGUGGACACUUGGAUAUAGUUGCUCUUUUGAUAGAAGCGGGCGCCAACAGGAACGUCAAAAACAGAGAUGGGAACACACCGCUUCAUUUGGCCGUCAAUAAAAAUAAUUCAGAAAUGGUCAAACUGCUUAUAGCCAAAGAAGUUGAUCUAGAAAUUCGAAAUAACAUCCAAGAUACUCCAAUAAUUUGGGCAGUCUGGCUCGGUUUCAAAGAAGUUACUCGCUUACUUAUAGAAGGUGGAGCAAAUAGAAACGUGGGAAACAGAGGGAAUAAUACCCCUCUGCAUUUGGCGGUUGAUAAAAAUGACAUCGAAAUGGUUAAGCUACUUCUCGAGAAAAAAGUAGACAUUGAGAUCACCAACAACAAUAAAGAUGUUCCGCUUAUUGUUGCAACCUCACGUGGGCACUUGGACAUUGCUUCUCUGUUGAUAGAAGCUGGUGCUAAUAAAAAUGUGAAGAACAAAGAUGGGAACACACCGCUUCAUUUGGCUGUCAAUACAAAUAAUUCAGAAAUGAUCAAGCUGCUUAUAGCGAAACAAGUGGAUUUGGAAAUUCGAAAUAACAUCCAAGAUACUCCAAUAAUUUGGGCAGUGUGGCUCGGUUUCAAAGAUGUUACUCGCUUACUUAUAGAGGGUGGAGCAAACAGGAACGUAGGCAACAGAGGGAAUGACACCCCUCUGCAUGUUGCAGUUGGUAAAAAUGAUAUCGAAAUGGUUAAGCUGCUCCUUGAGAUGAAGGUAGAUAUUGAGGCUAUGAAUAACAUCAAGGAUGUUCCACUUAUUCUUGCAACCUGGCAUGAACACUUGCGUAUAGUUUCCCUUUUAAUAGAAGCUGGCGCUAAUAGGAACGUGAAAAACAGAGAUGGAAAUAGCCCACUGCAUUUGGCAGUCUUACGAUGCAAUUCCGAUAUGGUAAAACAUCUAAUUAUGGCAAAAUGUUCGCUUGACAUCAAAAAUAACGCCGGACUAGUGCCUUAUGACGUUGCUGUAAGUAACUGUCCCGCUGUCCUUCCAUUAUUCGGAGAUGUAGACAAUGAACCACUUCCUCAUAAUAUAGUCUUUUAGAUCACUACUUUUUUUUAACAAAUAAAUGAAUUGCACAGAU